CGCCCCGCGGCCCCGGGCGGGCGGGCAGGAGCGGGGGAGGCGGCGGCUGCAGUGCGGAUACCGGCGGGGGAGUCCCUUCCUCCGCCUCCAGCUCCGGGAAGGACAGAGGAGGCGCCUCCGCUCCGCCGGCUCCGGACACCAGGUCUGUUUUCUGUUUACAAGCCUGAAGAUGGCUGCUGCUGCUUCCUGCAAUGUGGAAGAAGAUGAGAGCCUGAAGGGAUGUGAACUCUAUGUUCAGAAACACAACAUCCAACAGAUUUUAAAAGAGUGCAUUGUAAACCUUUGCAUAGCAAAACCAGACCGACCCAUGAAGUUCCUCAGAGAACACUUUGAAAAAUUAGAAAAGGAGGAAUGCAAACAAAUACUGGCUCGGCAGAAAUCCAGCUCCCAGUCUGACUCUCAUGAUGAUGAGAUUUCCCCUCCUCCUCCCAAUCCAGUGGUCAAAGCCCGGCGCAGGAGAGGGGGGGUCAGUGCAGAAGUGUACACUGAGGAAGAUGCUGUUUCUUACGUCAGAAAGGUUAUUCCAAAGGACUAUAAAACUAUGACUGCUCUGGCAAAGGCCAUCUCCAAGAAUGUGCUCUUUGCUCAUCUUGAUGACAAUGAACGAAGUGACAUAUUCGAUGCCAUGUUCCCUGUCACACACAUUGCAGGAGAAACAGUCAUACAACAGGGUGAUGAAGGAGACAACUUCUAUGUGAUUGACCAAGGCGAGGUGGAUGUUUAUGUCAACGGGGAGUGGGUCACCAGCAUUGGAGAAGGAGGCAGCUUCGGGGAGCUGGCACUGAUCUAUGGAACACCCCGGGCUGCCACUGUCAAGGCCAAGACAGACCUGAAGCUCUGGGGCAUCGACAGGGACAGCUACAGACGCAUUUUAAUGGGCAGCACGCUGAGGAAGCGGAAGAUGUAUGAAGAAUUCCUGAGCAAGGUCUCCAUUUUGGAGUCCCUGGACAAAUGGGAGCGGCUGACAGUGGCUGAUGCACUGGAACCUGUCCAGUUUGAAGAUGGGGAAAAAAUUGUUGUGCAGGGAGAGCCCGGUGAUGACUUCUUCAUUAUUACAGAGGGCACAGCUUCCGUCCUGCAGCGCAGGUCUGACAACGAGGAGUACGUGGAAGUUGGAAGACUUGGUCCAUCAGAUUAUUUCGGUGAGAUAGCACUGCUGCUGAACCGGCCCCGGGCUGCCACGGUGGUGGCACGUGGACCCCUGAAGUGUGUGAAGCUGGACCGGCCCCGCUUCGAACGAGUGCUGGGCCCUUGCUCUGAAAUCCUCAAGAGAAACAUUCAGAGAUACAACAGUUUCAUUUCGCUCACCGUCUAAAUGAUUCCUCUGGAAAGCUGCCUUUGUGUGACCUUGUGCACUUAAAUUUGCUCUGUGCAGCUCCAUAGCUUUACAAAGAAAAAAAAAAAAA